AGGCUCCUGGAUGUGCGCAGCCGCAGAGCGCCACGGCUGUGCCCACUAGUCCCAGCGCUGCGCACUUGACAGCCAGUCCGCCCGUCCGGAGCCCGGCUCGUUGGGGCAGCAUGGCGGGGUCGCCGCUGCUCUGCGGGCCGAGGGCCGGGGGCGUCGGCCUUUUGGUGCUGCUGCUCUUGGGCCUUCUGCGGCUGCCCCCCGCCCUGUCAGCGAGGCCAGUAAAGGAGCCCCGCAGUCUGAGCGCAGCAUCGGCGCCCUUGGCUGAGACAGGCGGUCCCCGCCGCUUGCGUCGGGCCGUGCCCCGAGGAGAGGCGGCGGGUGCGGUGCAGGAGCUGGCGCGGGCGCUGGCGCACCUGCUGGAGGCCGAGAGACAGGAACGCGCGCGUGCCGAGGCGCAGGAAGCGGAGGAUCAGCAGGCGCGUGUCCUGGCGCAGCUGCUGCGUGUCUGGGGCUCCCCGCGCGCCUCGGACCCGCCCUUGGCCCCGGACGACGACCCAGACGCUCCAGCGGCCCAGCUCGCACGUGCUCUGCUCCGCGCUCGCCUAGACCCCGCCGCCCUCGCGGCCCAGCUUGUCCCCGCGCCUGCCGCUGCGCUGCGCCCCCGACCCCCAGUGUACGACGAUGGCCCCACCGGCCCGGAUGUCGAGGACGCUGGCGAUGAGACCCCUGACGUGGACCCGGAGCUGCUGAGGUACUUGCUGGGGCGGAUCCUCACCGGAAGUUCGGAACCAGAGCCUGCUGCGGCCCCGCGCCGCCUCCGCCGAGCUGCCGACCAGGAUUUGGGUCCCGAGGUGCCUCCCGAGAGUGUGCUGGGGGCGCUACUGCGCGUGAAACGCCUGGAGAACUCCUCGCCCCAGGCGCCCGCACGCCGCCUCCUGCCUCCCUGAGCGCCGCUGCUGCAUCCCGCACGCCCUGGAACCCAGGAGCAGCCAGCCCCCAGCAACCCUGACUUCCUACCAGCACGUCCACAGCCGCCUACCCGGCAACUCCCGAGACCCCCAUCUCCUGAACCCUCAAUAAAUGCGCUCUACAGCA